UGUACAUUUAGUGCAAGCAUGGAUGGCAUCUUCAGAAGUCUCUUCCCCAUGGAUCGAAAGGAACUAAAUCCUGAUUGUGAAACCUAAGAAGAUACUUUUGAAGAAGGCACAGGAAGAACAUGACAGAAAGAUGCGACAGGAUAGACAGGAAAGAAUUUAACCAUGUAUGAGCAAACAUUGAUGGAUGGCUUGGGAGAAGACAUGAUGAAACAGUCUGCUGAGGAGAAUUCUGACAAACAAGAGAGUACUGAAGAGAUUAUAAUGGUUUGCAAGCAAGUGAAGGAAGCAGUUUGAUGAAAAGUGCAGCAACAUGGAAAGAUGUUUACAUGUAUUGUACAGAUUUGGGUCAUUCUAUGAAUGUAACUAAUGAUGAACAAUUUGAAAUCACUGGUGCGAGUGUGUUGAAACAUCAAGGUGCUGGUAUGUGUUCACAUGAAGAGACAGAAUGUGAUACAGACAGGUUGACAUGUGGCAUUGAUAAUGAGACUAGUAAUCAGUUUAACAUACCUAAUGUGACAGCAGACAUUUGCAAUCAUGCAGACAAAGAGGAAAAGCAGAUAAAUGAUGCUGAAGAUGACAGUGAUUAUGACAAGAGUUGGUCAAGUAUCAAAGGACUUGUCAGAGAGAGCUACAAAAGUAAGGAUAUAGAUGAUGACAUUGAAAUGAAUGUCAUAUCUGAACCAAGUGAGUUUCAUUUUGUACCGUUGUCACAUGAUCAGAAGAAAUUACUGUGUAAUAAACUUGGAAUCACCAUAGUUAAUCUACAGUCGAAUAUAGUAACUGAAGUAAGUGAUAAGAUUGGAAGACCAGAUUGUAUCAGGAAUAUUAAAGGUGACGGGAAUUGCUUCUUCCGGGCGAUAUCUUUUGCAAUAUCAGGGACUGAAGCUAAUCACAUGCGUUUGAGAAUGGCAACUGUAAAUCAUUUAUUGAAACAUGCUAGUCAGUACAAGGGUUUGUUACGUGAAGGAUUCACUGAUGUAGAGGAAUAUGUGCGUAGGGCAAGGAUGUUCUGUUCAGGUAAAUGGGCAACUGAAGUUGAGAUCAUGGCUGCAGGACACAUGCUUGAGACUGAUAUUUAUACAUUUGGUGACAGAUGGUAUUUAUUCUCUGGCAAAAGUGCUGAAGUUGGAGUUGAGACAUCAGAUGCUGGAAUCUAUCUCAAUCAUACUUGUCAAAUACAUUAUGAUGUUGUAUUGUCAGUGCAUGAACCAGAGCAGAUAAACACUGCAGAAGAAGUUGAAGUUAAAAGUGAAAUUGAAGCAGAGGUUGGUGUACCAAAUGAGUUCAUGGACAAUCUUAGUGUACUGGUACAUGAAAUGCAAGUACCUAUUGCUAAUAACGUGGUGUGUGAUGAUCAUAAUAUUGAGAAUGAAAUUAAUGAAACCAAAGCAGAAAAGAUCGAACCGGUAAAUGUAUCAAAGGGAAAGAAGUGCAAAGCAAGUAAAAAUCUGCAAUUAAAAAGAAAAUUGGAUAGGGAAAGAAAGAGAGCCAAAAAUGAAGAGCAUUUUAGCAAAAAUUAUAUGGGAGAAAUUGAAAGGACGAAAGAUAGAUUGCAUAAUAACAUCAAAUAUGAUAUUGAUGAAGAAUAUCAAAACAAGCACAUUGAAUCUGUAAAAAUUGGAUAUGGAAAUAAUGUAGAUUGCAUUAAGUGUAACCAAAGGGAUAAAUAUGAUGUUGAUGUUAAACAUGUAUUAAGGAAGACAAGUAAGACAAGAAGACGUAAUCAAAAGAAUGUACAUUAUAAACAAAAGUAUCGUGAGUGUCCUGAUUUCAGGAAUGAAAUUUUGAAAGCAAAAAAAUUGACUUAUCAUGAAAAUGUACAAUAUAGAGAGAAAAAAAAAGAAGCAAUAAAAGUAAAGUAUCACCAUGAUUCAAUUCACAGGGAAAAAAUGAUUGGUACUAGUAAAGUGAAAUAUAGUCGGGAUACAGUUUACAGGAAGAAAUUGAUUGAUACUGGUAAAAUGAAGUAUAGGCAAGAUGCAGUUCACAGGAAGAAAUUGAUUGAUACUGGUAAAAGGAAGUAUAGGCAAGAUGCAGUUCACAGGAAGAAAUUGAUUGAUACUGGUAAAAGGAAGUAUAGGCAAGAUGCAGUUCACAGGAAGAAAUUGAUUGAUACUGGCAAAAUGAAAUAUGGGCAAGAUGCAAUUUACAGGAAGAAAUUGAUUGAUACUAGUAAGAUGAUAUAUAGGCAAGAUCCAAUGCACAGGAAGAAAUUGAUGGAUACGUGUAAAAUGAAAUAUCAUGAAGAUCCUAAGCGUAAAAAGAAAAUUCUGGAAACGAACAAGCAAAGAAUAUUAAAUCACAAGGAGAGAAGAAAAAGUAUACAUAAUGUAAUUUAUGAUUUCAAGAUUAAGAUGGAAAAAGGGCCUGAUUGUGUUUGUGCUGUGUGUCAUAAAUUAUUGUUUCACAACCAAGUAAUGAAAUGUUACAAGGAUGCAUACAAGUAUUCUCAAAAUAUAUCGGAAAAUUAUGUACAUACAUGUGAUAAGAAUUGCAAAUUGGAUUGUUCUAUUGCUAGAUCAAACAGAUCAUGCUUGUGGAUAUGUCAUACUUGUCAUAAAAAGUUGAUUACAAAUACAGUCCCAGCAGAAGCAGAUGUCAAUAAUUUGACAUUAGUGGACAUUCCAGAAGAACUGGCAAGACUUAAUAGCUUAGAGCAACAUCUGAUAGCCAGAAAUAUUGCAUUUAUGAAAAUCAUCAAUCUACCAAAAGGUGGUCAGAAGGGAUGUUUUGGACCAUGUGUAUGUGUUCCAUCAAAUACCACAGAAACAGUCCAGUCAUUGCCAAGAACUGCAAAUGAGAAUGAUAUGAUACGAAUCAAAUUGAAGCGUAAACUGUCAUAUAAAGGUCAUGUGGAAUAUCAGUUUGUCAACAAGCAGUAUGUUGAAGAAGCUUUGCAUUAUCUCAAAGACAGUAAUAAAUGGUAUGAUGAUAUUGAAAUUGAAUACGAUUGGAUUAACCCUGUACCUGAACAAUCAGUUGAAGAACCUGGAAAUGAUGAAACAAUGAAUGAGGAUGAUCAAACUGGUGACAUAGAGGAAGAGGAUGAUGAUGACCGAUUGUGUGGAAUAAAGCUUGAUACAUGUCUUCAACCUGCUAAUAUUGGACAAGAAAUUCUAGAUCAGUACUUUGAUGAUAUAUUUUGUGUUGCACCAUAUACCAAUCGUCAGAAAUUUGAAGCUGCUAUAGAAUCUAUGGAUGAUGUGGAGCAGUACUUGGAAAGAUUUGGUCCACAGGAUGAUGCAUGGGCAUUGAUCUGUCCAGAAACUGAAUCAGAAAGACUUGAAUGUCAAGAUGAGAAACAAGAAGUGAUCCAUGAAAGUGAGGAUGAAUGUGCAAUUCCUGAUUUGAAGUCUUAUAAGAAGGAUGACACACAACAUAUUAUUGAAUAUCAUGCUGCUAAGAUACCCAGACAAGAAGCUCAAAGCUUAAUGAGAUCAUUGAAUGUUCAGCAGAGUGAAGUAUUUUACAAGCCAGCCCUGUUCAGCCGAGAUGUCUGCAUGGCCUCUGUCAUUCAGCUGUGUCAUCUCGGGCUUGUCAGCGCUACCUGCCCUCUCCGCUGGCCUGCUCAGCUGAGAUGUCAGUAUAACCUCUCCCAGUUGGCUGUGUUACCGAGGGCUUGUCACCACUUCUAUUUCUAG